AUGAUCUGUGGCACGCAUCCAGACCUUGCAUACGGAUCAACAAACAGUAGAUACGUAUCUCUUGAAAGAGAAAUAUAUGAAUACAGUCACUGGGGCGCCGUGUUGUUCAUAGCUCUGGUGGGAAUUACCGGGAACGUCCUGCUGUUUAUUAUGAUGGGAGACAACAGAAUGAAUUAUCUCUCAUACUCAGUGUACUUGAAGUUUCUGGCCGUUUCCGACAGCUUGUUGCUAGCCUUGACUCUACUACAGGACACCGAGAAAACAUUUUCUCUACAACGACUCAUACUACUUAACUCUGGUCUUUGCAAACUGAUGUUCAGCUUGAGGAUUUUGUUAACAAAUCUGUCGCCUUGGCUGGUGGUAGGACUUUCGCUUGACAGAUACGUAUGCAUCUGCUUUCCGCUGACGCGAGAAAGACUUUGUACCCGGAUGAAAGCCAUUAUCGUCUGUUCCACGGUGCUUGGUCUGUUAGUUGUGUUAAUUGUUCCAUUCCUUGUUGACACGGAGCUGAUACAAAGGAGAUGUAAACCGUCAGAGGAACUUAGAUAUUAUUAUAUAUGUAUUCGAACAAUAAUAUCCUCCACUCUACCAUGUUUGCUUAUUCUGGUCUUGAAUGUCCUUAUACUAUUCCAAAUCCAACAGAGUCGCAACUUUCGAAAGAGAUUUACAAGAUCAGGUACAGAUUCAGCAAGUCCACAGCAGGACAGGUCCACGCGCCCUCUGGUGUUGGUUUCUGUACUGGCUUUUGUAACCUUGUUACCAUUGUCGGUUUCGGAGGCUGUUGAAACUUUACUGAAGAUAGUAGGCACAGAUUCGAAUAGUGUGGCUUUAAACAACAAGCUUCGAUCAUUCUUUAUUCUGAUUUACAUUCUAAAUUUCGGACAGAACUUUUACAUUCUGAUUGGAACUUCGACGAAAUAUCGAGCGAUCAUUAGAGCACGGUUUGAUUGGUUGAAAUGGAAUCGACGAAAUGAACAGAAUCAAGCUAUGACGACUAUUAUGUCUCCUGACGUUAACUGUCCUGGAUCGGGCACCACGGAGUUAUCGCUGGUCUCCAUCACAUCUGGCAACAACACUUCAGCAGUGGACGCUAACGCGCCUGGUAUCUCAAGUCGAACACUUUGA